CCGCUGUUGACAGGGCGAUGCUCUAAGGUGUUCUAACAGAUUGCGGGUUUCUCAAAAGAAAGCAAGGGGUCCAAGACUGGGGCUGCUGGCCUUAGCCAUGGAGAGGAAUGAUGUAAUCAACUUCAAGGCACUGGAGAAAGAGCUGCAGGCUGCCCUCGCUGCUGACGAGAAGUACAAAAGGGAGAAUGCUGCCAAGUUACGGGCAGUUGAGCAAAGGGUGCCUUCCUAUGAGGAGUUCAGAGGUAUUGUUCUUGCAUCACACCUGAAGCCUCUGGAACAAAAGGACAAGAUGGGAGGAAAGAGAUUUGUGCCCUGGAACUGUCACACUACACAGGAAAAGACUCCUCAAGAUGUGGUCACUGAAAUGCCCCAGGAGAAAUCACCCUUCCAGCCCACCACCUCUGCAGAAUUUUACCGUGAUUGGCGGCGACACUUAAGAAGUGGGCCAGAGCGCUACCAAGCCCUGCUUCAGCUUGGGGGGCCCAAGCUGGGCCACCUCUUCCAGAUGGAUGUGGGCUUUGGACUUCUCGGGGAGCUGCUGGUGGCAUUGGCUGAGCAUGUGGGGCCAAGCGACCGGACGGCAGUGCUAGGGAUUCUGCACAGCCUAGCUAACACUGGGCGAUUCACCUUGAACCUGAGCCUGCUGAGUCAUGCGGAGCGAGAGAGCUGCAAGUGCCUGUUUCAGAAGUUGCAGGCCAUGGGCACCACCAGUCCCAUGCAGGAGGGCCUCUGUCUGGAGGAGCCAUCUGCUGGGCUACGGGGAGAAGCAGCGCUCCUAAGGGAGCUGCUAGGGCUGUAUGAGGUCUGUUGAUAGGACUGGCUGCCCUCAGCACUCCUCGGUGGUCUCAGAAGGCAUUUUAAAAAGG